CCGGAAGUUAAAAAUGCUUUUGCGGGAAACACAAACUUUUCCACGGGAUUAGGAGGCAGGCCUUAUCGUGGCUAUUAUAUUAGAGUGACGUAUGAUAACUCUUCGAAAUGUUAACAUUUAAUACGAAAAUCGACCUCUAUUUUGUUUUUUCGAGGAUAUGAUAUAAAUGUUCUAGUUCUGAUAGAUAAUGACCACCUUCAACCACAGCACAGGGACCUCAGAAUUUGUUGAAACACGGACGUAGGACUACGUGAACCUAUAAAAUUUGACAAUGUCAAAGCUCCUUGAUUUACCAUCAAGGAAGGUGUUUAUUAAUGACCUGAGGACCUGCCAGCGAGUCCCAACUCCAUCUGAGGGGUCAGAUCAAGUGAAAAAGAUGAAAACAUUGCAAAUGUACUGCCAUGGACGACAAUUUCAACUGUCUGUGGUCUGGAUACAAGGAACUGUCACAGAGGUUGAUGACGGUAGUGAUGUUGUCCUGAUAGAUGAUGGCACUGGGGCAGCCAAGAUCCUAGGUUGCAGCAAGAUACCAUUCCUUGGGGAGAAGAUUAAGAUUGGUCAAUAUGUGAUGGUGAUUGGGCAGCUGUCAAGUGCCGGGUCCAUACCCCAGCUGCGCGCCAUCAAAGUCCAGAACCUUAGUCAUAUGAUAGAGAUGGACAAAAGCUGGUCUUUGGAGGUCACAGACCAAAUGAUGUUGGUCAGCUGAGGUCUAAAGAUCACAGAGGUCAAGAUGUCAACAAUCAUGAAAUUAUUACAGGAACUGUGGGUCACUGACUAUACAGUUGUAUCAGAAGAGCCCAAAGAUGACUUACAUGGUUUAGUGAGGCCACAGGGGCCUAAGAUCUGUUAUCAUUUCGGCGACCACUUUAUGAACACAUCUGUCAGAGGCCUUAGCUCAUGGACCAUAUAGUUUUGACACAUGUAUAAGUUAACGACUGUAUAUUGUGUCACAGGGACCAAGGAUCACCAACAAUGUAGCUCUCACAAGGAAUUGAGAUGACUUACCAAGUAACUGUGUCAAAAAUGGUAAUGGCCUAAGAUCAGUUACCAAGUAGCUGUGUCACAGAUAUUGGAAGUCACCAACAAUGUAGUUGUCACUGUGAUCAGAUACCACAGGGGCCUCAAAUCAGUGACUAUGUAGCUGUGUCAAAGAAGUCUUGAGAUCGGCCAACAUGCAGUUGUCACAGGGCCCUGAGAUCACCCAAAAUAUAAUUGUCACAGAAGUUCUGAGAUCGGCCACCGUGCAGCUGUCACAGGGGCCUGAGAUCACCAACAAUAAUAAUUGUCACAGAAGUCUUGAGAUCGGCCACCAUGCAGCUGUCACAGGGGCCUGAGAUCAUCCACAAUAUAAUUGUCACAGAAGUCUUGAGAUCGGCCAACAUGCAGUUGUCACAGGGGCCUGAGAUCACCCACCAUAUAAUUGUCACAGGGGUCUUUGAUCACCCACCAUGCAGUCAUUAAAUGGACAUGAUAGUCUACAAUUCUAUGAACUUAUGAAAUAGAAGAAAACACCAAUCAAAGUACUGUUGAAUAACAAUGAGAGGAAUCUGAUCCAUACCAAAUACCAAUUGGCCACUUGUCUAAGUAAUAACAUGAACAGGAGGGUGUCAUGGCAUCAUGUCAGGGACUUUUGUUUCACUUUCAAGCAAUGUACAACCACUUGCGACCAAGGCAUACACGAAAAAACAGCCUCUAAAAUUGCAUUACAUAGGAAAACUAAUUGAGAUCUGAUAUGAACAUAAGGGACUCAGUCUUGUGUAAAAGGAGGGUGUGCCCUCUCUGGCAUAAAAUGGCAAUUCACUUAAAUGAUGGAGGUAAAUCUUUAAAAUCCUACUCCUUCAGUACCUGUUAAGAGUUUUUAGCAAAAUUUAAUCUAAAGCAUCCUUGCUUCAAAAGAACUCUGCCUUAUAUAAACAGAGUGCCCCCCUCUCCCAAAUCAGUCAUACAGUUGUGCUUCUUAAAUCUCCUCACUGUAUUGCCCUAUACAUACAUAGUGUGACACCCAGGGCUGGAGAGGUGGGGCCCCAUUAAAACAAUCGGUCAUACAGUUGUGCUUCUUAAAUCUCCUCACUGUAUUGCCCUAUACAUACAUAGUGGGACUGAAGAGAAAAUGCAUUCAUCUUACCAGGGUUAGCCUUUAGACUUAUUCUUGGGAUAAUAACAUGGAAAGGAAGGGGUUGAUGUGUCAAAUGUUACAUAAAAUAAGGGGUUUUGUUCCUUUUGGUUUUUGGAGGUUGGUCUCAAAAUGGAAAAAGUAUUGGCAAUACACCUUUUAUUUGAUAGUUUGGUGAUUGUAAUGUGAAACGGGAUUAAGAGUAUUUUGCCAUGUCUGAUUGCUUCAACAAACAUGAAUACAGGUCCUCUGGGCCUCUUAUUAGUUUUAAGGCAAUGGCUUUUGUCAAAAAAAGUAUUCCUACAACUAAACAUUUUUUGUUGGGAUACCUGACAAGGCACUACCACUUAUCAUGUUACAUCAUGUUACUUGUAUGAUACUAGUUAAAAUCAAGUUGGGUGACACCAAUAAAAUGAUGCUGACCUCACAAGAAAUAAAAAGCAUUUCUUGAGAGUAUUUGGUUGUCACUUGCAAUACGAAGUCUUUGUCGAUGGUAACACUGAAAUGAUUUUGGACAUCGAAUAUUCUUUCAGUAUGAAGAUAAAGGUAUCUUGGAUAAGAAAAUAUGUCACUUCGAUUAUUUUGUAUUUCUUUUCAGUAUACAGUAUUUUCUAUUUCAACCGAUUCUGAUUCUGACACAGUAUACAUGGAGUGAACUAUAAUUUUACUCCUAGUUACAUGAUUCGUCUCUGUAUCUGUUUAAAAUCAUUUUGUUUGUUAUACAUGUUACUAUUAAAUUAUUUGUAUUGACUUAU